AAAUCCUCCACUCCAGCUGGACUGGACGCCUUUCCCCGAUGAUCCUCAUCGGAGGGAUUCUGCUUUGCGAGGCUACCACCAGCACACCGUUCGGAAACAUGUGGAUGCCAGAAUGGGUCCCUCGAUCGUAUAAGGCCACCAGGUGGGCAGCCGACCCAGGCUGGCCCGAGUCAUGUCAUGCCUCAUGGCUAGCCGAUGUCAGAGCCAAACCCAGUCCCAAGGAUCUCGGACCAAUCCUGCCCAUGGAGCCAACCCUUUCGGCGGUCGAUCCCAAAAGGAAGCGAUGCAUCUGGGACUGGGCGAGAGAGACACGCAGUCUGGUUGCACAAAGGCAUGGGUGACAGGAGCUGCGUAUGUCUGCGUGUUUGGGCGUGCAUGACUCGCAUCCUCGUGCCAGUCCGGGUUUUUGCCUCAGCCACCUACCUGUCAGUGUCAGUGUCAGUGUCAAAGUCAGUGUCACAUCUGUUAGGAACGGUGCCAUCACUAGAAACUCUCUCUCUCUCUCUCUCUCUUCCGUACUCGUUUCCACUCCCACCACCACUACUACUGAGACUUCAGGCAGAACCUCGGUACUUCCACCGCACUAUCGGCUCAGCUACCACGUCGCCGUACUCCCGGAGAUUGGACACACGAUCCCCACUUAUCGUGUGCGUGGUGGAGUCCACAAUCCCAAUGAUCCCAUCCCCCCCCCCCCAUCGCGCAUCUGAAAUCCUGUCGGAUGGCCUCGGUCGGCGGCCAACUGGCCCUGGCCUGGAGAUCACCACCGCCUCCGCGGAGCCAGAGCCACUUGCCAUGCUGAGUGUUUCCCACUCCGUUCCAUCCUUCGGCAUCCGUUGUUCGACGUGAAUGGUCUACGGCUGCUAGUGGCAGCCGGCGGACCCCACUCCAUCCUGCUUUGGACUGGAUAUCUCCGGCCUUGGGCCUGGCGGGGUGGGUCGGCGCGUGGGUGGCCCAUAAGGCCAGCCAUGGAUGGGGGGGUUCUAGGAGGUCAAUAUGGAUGAGAC